AUGUCCGAAACCCACGUAGCGGCAGUUCUUGAGGCUGUUGGACAACCCCUCAGCUUGAAGACCCUUCCAAUUCCCCAAGCGGUCACAGGCUCGGCGACCGUCAGGGUUCUGGCAACAGCGCUCUCACCCAACAGUAAAGACGUAUUCUCCGGCUGCUUUGGGCCGCUAGGUGUUCGUACACCCGUCACUCCUUCUGCCGCCUGCAUUGGCCGCAUCCACAGCGUCGGUCCGGAUGCCACCUCCUUGAAGCCUGGUCAGCUCGUCUUCACAGACUUCUGGACGCCAUCCAGAGAUGACCCAGACAACAGUAUUCUGGCGGGCUACAUGGGCGGGGCCGAUCAACUCGAAGCAGUCUGGAAUCAGGGCACUUUCGCCCAGUAUGCCUCGGUGCCACUGGAGCGUGUCUGGUCUCUGAACGAAUCUCUGCUUUGCGACUCUCAGAAAUAUACACCGGCAGAGCUUGUGUACCUGGGAAACCUCUGUAUCGCCUUCGCUGGACUCCUCGACAUUAAUGUCCGCCCCGGAGACAGUGUGAUCGCCGCUCCCGCGACGGGCACGUUCGGCGGCGCUGCGGUUCAUGCGGCGAUAGCGCUCGGUGCGAGGGUGAUCGCCUGUGGACGUAAUGAGCAGAUGUUGGCCCGAAUGGCCGAUGCGUUCGGUCCGUCCGGCCGUCUGACCACAGUGACGCUGAGCGGCAACGUCGAAAUUGAUACCACUGCAAUCAAAUCGGCCGCCGGAGGAAAAGGCGCGGAUAAAUAUAUCGACUUCAGCCCGCCACGAGCUCAAGGUACGACUCAUCUCGUCUCAUGUAUCUCGGCUCUGCGCUCCAACGCCAAAGCCUCUCUGAUGGGCACUAUAUUCGGCAACGUGGAAAUACCCUACUACCCUCUCAUCAAAAACAACAUCAGCAUCCAGGGCCGUCUUAUGUUCGAGAGACAUCAUGUAGAUCAAGUCUUGAAGCUGUUGGAGUCCGGCCAUCUAAGUCUUGGUAACAGGCCGAAUAGUGGGAUGAGGAUCCAGACUUUCAAGCUACCAGAUAUCGACAAGGCUAUUGACGAGGCGGCCAAGGUUCGCGGAUGGGGGGAGUAUAUAGUCAUAGAGCCAUGA